ACCAUUGUAAUAUUCUGGGCAGCGGUUGCUCUUGUAAGCAAACGAGAAGACCGCCAGCCCUUCGAAAUCAUAAAAAAUAAUGUUUUGGAAGGUAAAGGCUCGGGAUCUAAAGAUCAUACUAACUGGCCAUUAUAUACUGAACACGUUGGCUGGUAUUUCGUAUGGAAUAGUCAGGAGUUUCAACCCGUUUUGUCACUGGCUCUUUCCGACAGAAGACUGCGAAAUGGACUGGAGGGACUUGGAGCUGCUUUCCUUCCUAGCUAUUGUCUUGGCUGUUAAAAACAGAAAACUCAAACCAGCGUCAUGGCAAGAAUUUGUAUCAAUGGCCUUCACCUUCAGCAAGAUUGCCAACUUUGUGCUGUUCUCCCGUCAAGACCUGCGGCUUGGCAUUUUGUUCUUUCUUGUGUGCAUAGUUUUGUUUGUGAUAUUUCCUGAGCCUUCCUACAAAGGACCUGAUAAUAUCCGCUUCUUCAGAGGGCCGGCAUUGGAUGAUGAGCUAAAAGAAAAUCCAAAUGUUACAUGGAUUGUUGAGUUUUAUGCCCCUUGGUCUCCACCAUGUGUGCGAUUGGCACCAAUCUUUGCUGAGCUGUCUCUCAAGUAUAACAAUGACUUCCUCAAGUUUGGCAAACUUGAUGCUGGGAAAUACCCUAUUGUUGCAAACAGAUACAAAGUAGAUGCAUCAAUAAUAUCUAAGCAGCUUCCAACAGUCAUAGUCUUUGAGGGAGGGAAAGAGAUCAAGCGUAAACCAUCAGUCGACUCCAGAGCAGUGAUAUCACCUUACACCUUUACAGAGGAAAAGAUGAUUCGUGAUUUUAACAUCGGUGAUCUCUAUGACGUAGCAAAGAAAAAGGCUGCUCGCAGUGAGAGCUUAAGGAGUGAGCAGAAAAAGGAAAAAUAGAAGGAAACAUAAGCAUUAUAUGUCUGUAUUUGGGGCCAAGUUUCAAAAUAUUAUUGUUACAUAUUUCAUCGAAAAUUUAACAUUGUAAUAUUUAUUCAAUGAAGAUUUGAUAACUUUUCUGUUGUAGCCAAUUUUAAUGCCAAUAAAACUUAUGUUUAGAAAA